AUGACUUUAGCAAAGUGUUAUCCAAAUGAGUUUGAUGAAGUACAGAUUCGGGAUUUGAGUUAUCAACUCGAUACUUUCAGAAUUAUGCGAUGUGCUAAUGCCAAGUUCUCCAACUUGAAAGGAAUUAGUGAUUUAGCAAAAGCAUUGGUUGAGGCAAAUCUUGUGAAAACUUAUUCAUAUAUUUACUUACUUUUGAAGUUGACUCUGAUUUUACUUGUUGCUACCGCAACUGUGGAGAGAGCAUUUUCAUCUGUGAAGCAAAUAAAGAAUGAUGAGCGGAAUAGCAUGGGUGAUCAAUAUUUAAAUGAUUGUUUAGUUUGUUACAUAGAGCGGGAUGUAUUUACAAAUGUAAGUAAUGAUGUUAUUAUUGACCGUUUUCAGAAUAUGAAAAUUCGUCGAGGACAAUUGUAA